AUGGGUUGUGCUUCAAGUAGUAACCGGAAAUCUACCAUCAAGCAAGUGCCCAAGUUUAUAUCUAUAUCCAGACGAAAGCAAAUACCUAGCAAAGAGACAUUUGAGGAUUACAUGCUUUACAUCAAGAAACUUGAUUCAAUCCUCAAUGCAAGCAACAGAUCAAGAGAGAUGAAAACAGAAAUGAGCUUACAAAGCGUCAAGGUCAACUAG